AAUUCUCCCGUUUACACCGAGAGCAAAAGCAAAAGAAGAAAGGAAAACCGUUCCAAAUUGCAAUUUUUUUUUGGAUCAGGUUAAUAAUCAGUGCAUUAGCUAGCGAGAUUGUCCGGAAAAAAAAAUUAAGCAAACAAUUAAAAAAAUGGUAAGACCAUCAUCGUCAUCAGGGCAACAGUCUGAUAGGAAUCAUGAGCCCAAGUACAAGGGUGUUAGAAAGAGAAAGUGGGGGAAGUGGGUGUCCGAAAUCAGACUACCCAAUAGUCGGGAGAGAAUAUGGUUAGGAUCUUAUGACACGCCCCUAAAAGCGGCGCGUGCAUUCGACGCAGCCUUGUAUUGUUUACGUGGUAGCGGUGCCAAGUUUAAUUUCCCCGACAAUCCACCGGACAUUGUUGGUGGGCAGUCACUUAGUUCGCAAGAAAUACAAGAAGUUGCUGCCAGGUUUGCUAAUGAGGAGCCAACAUCGUCGUCGACUGCUAUGAGAGGUGAAUCAUCAGAACAUGUGGAGAAUGACACAUCAUCGUCGUCUGAUGGUGGAGCUGGAGAUACUAUAGAUUGGUCGUUUUUGAACUUGUUGGAUUCUAGCGAGGGUGCUUCAGAUUUUGGACUCUAUCAUGGGCUGGACCAUAUGGGUGGUGAUUAUUAUCCACCACCACCGCCUCCGUCUGAAUAUAGCAUCAGUGGGGAUGAUCACAAUGGAGAUGAAGCUUACUCUCAACAGUCAUUUCUUUGGAACUUUUAAAGGGAUUGAUUCAAAUUUUGGUAAAUUCUAUCCUAGAUUCCAAGUAUAACUCAGGAAUUCCGGCGAAUUUUAGCUGCCGGCUCCCUGAUCUGAUUCUUCUUCUACAAAAUCCACACAAAUGCUGCUCCGUUUUUUCCCCUCAAGUCCAGGAAGGAUCUGGCAUGUGAUAGGGACAUGGCCCAGCAUAUAGGAAUUAAUUAUUUUUACUCCUAGAAACAAAUAAUGGUGUCCAUUUAUUGCAGAGAGCCAUUGUUUUAGGAGGUAUAUUUUCUAUGAUUUUUUGUCCCAUACAGUUCCAAUAUAUAAUGUGAAAUGCCAAUUGUUUUUUCU